UCCAGGUUACACAUUCACAUCCAGGGACCACGUUCUGAUCCAGGGUCCACGUUCUCAUCCAGGGUCCACAUUCCACUUUCUCAUCCAGGUUCCACAUUCUCAUCCAGGGUCCACAUUCUCAUCCAGGGUCCACGUUCUCAUCCAGGGUCCACAUUCUAAUCCAGGGUCCACGUUCUCAUCCAGGAUCCACAUUCUAAUCCAGGUUCCACAUUCUCAUCCAGGGUCCACAUUCCACAUUCUCAUCCAGGGUCCACAUUCCACAUUCUCAUCCAGGGUCCACAUUCUAAUCCAGGUUCCACAUUCUCAUUCAGGGUCCACAUUCUCAUCCAGGUUCCACAUUCUCAUCCAGGGUGCACAUUGUCGUCCAGGGUCCACAUUCUCAUCCAGGUUCCACAUUCUAAUCCAGGGUCCACAUUCUCAUCCAGGGUCCACAUUCUCAUCCAGGGUCCACAUUCAACAUUCUCAUUCAGGGUCCACAUUCUCAUUCAGGGUCCACAUUCCACAUUCUCAUCCAGGGUCCACAUUCCACAUUCUCAUCCAGGGUCCACAUUCUAAUCCAGGUUCCACAUUCUCAUCCAGGGUCCACAUUCUCAUCCACGUUCCACAUUCUGAUCCAGGGUGCACAUUCUCAUCCAGGGUCCACAUUCUCAUCCAGGUUCCACAUUCUAAUCCAGGGUCCACAUUCUCAUCCAGGGUCCACAUUCUCAUCCAGGGUCCACAUUCUCAUCCAGGGUCCACAUUCAACAUUCUCAUCCAGGGUCCAUGUUCCACAUUCUGAUCCAGGGUCCACGUUCCACAUUCUCAUCCACAUGCCACAUUCUCAUCCAGGGUCCACAUUCCACAUUCUCAUCCAGGGUCCACAUUCCACAUUCUCAUUCAGGGUCCACAUUCCACAUUCUCAUCCAGGGUCCACAUUCUCAUCCAGGUUACACAUUCUCAUCCAGGGUCCACAUUCUUAUCCAGGGUCCACAUUUCACAUACUCAUCCAGGGUCCACAUUCCACAUUCUCAUCCUGGGUCCACAUCCUCAUCCAGGGUCCACAUUCUCAUCCAGGGUUCACAUUCUCAUUCGCGGUCCACAUUCUCGUCCAGGGUCCACAUUCUCAUCCAGGGUCCACAUUCCACAUUCUCAUUCAGGGUCCACAUUCCAUAUUCUCAUCCAGGGUCCACAUUGCACAUUCUCAUCCAGAGUCCACAUUCCACAUUCGCAUCUGGGGCCCACAUUCUCAUCCAGGGUCCACAUUCCACAUUCUCAUUCAGGGUCCACAUUCUACAUUCUCAUCCAGGGUCCACAUUCCACAUUCUCAUCCCGGGUCCACAUUCUCCUCCAGGGUCCACAUUCCACAUUCUCAUCCAGGGUCCACAUUCCACAUUCUCAUCCAGGGUCCACAUUGCACAUUCUCAUCCAGGGCCCACAUUCUCAUCCAUGGUCCACAUCCUCAUCCAGGGUCCACAUUCUCAUCCAGGGUCCACAGUCCAAAUUCUCAUCCAGGGUCCACAUUGCACAUUCUCAUCCAGGGUCCACAUCCUCAUCCAGGGUCCACAUUCUCAUCCAGGGUCCAGAGUCCACAUUCUCAUCCAGCUUACACAUUCUUCUUCAGGGUCCACGUUCUCAUCUAGGGUCCACAUUCUCAUCCAGGGUCCACAUUCUCAUCCAGGGUCCACAUUCCACAUUCUCAUUCAGGGUCCACAUUCCACAUUCUCAUCCAGGGUCCACAUUCUCAUCCAGGGUCCACAUUCCACAUUCUCAUCCAGGUUACACAUUCUCAUCCAGGGUCCACAUUCUAAUUCAGGGUCCACAUUCCACAUUCUCAUCCAGGGUCCACAUUCUCAUCCAGGGUCCACAUUCUAAUUUCAGGGUCCACAUUCCACAUUCUCAUCCAGGGUCCACAUUCCGCAUUCUCAUCCAGGUUACGCAUUCUCAUCCAGGAUCCACAUUCUCAUCCAGGGUCUACAUUCCACAUUCUCAUUCAGGGUCCACAUUCCACAUUCCCAUCCAGGGUCCGCAUUCUCAUUCAGGGUCCACAUUCUCCGCCAGGGUCCACAUUCUCCUCCAGGGUCCACGUUCCACAUUCUCAUCCAGGGUCCACGUUCCACAUUCUCAUCCAGGGUCCACAUUGCACAUUUGCAUCUAGGGCCCACAUUCUCAUCCAGGGUCUGCAUUCCACAUUCUCAUUCAGGGUCCACAUUCUCAUCCAGGUUACACAUUCUCAUCCAGGGUCCACAGUCUUAUCCAGGGUCCACAUUCUCAUCCAGGGUCCACAUUCUCACCCAGGGUCCAUAUUUCACAUUCUCAUCCAGGGUACACAUUCCACAUUCUCAUCCAGGGUCCACAUCCUCAUCCAGGGUCCACAUUCCACAUUCUCAUCCAGGGUCCACAUCCUCAUCCAGGGUCCACAUUCCACAUUCUCAUCCAGGGUCCACAUCCUCAUCCAGGGUCCACAUUCUCAUCCAGGGUCCACAUUCUCAUUCGCGGUCCACAUUCUCGUCCAGGGUCCACAUUCUCAUCCAGGGUCCACAUUCUACAUUCUCAUCCAGGGUCCACAUUGCACAUUCCCAUUCAGGGUCCACAUUCCCAUCCAGGGUCCACGUUCCACAUUCUCAUCCAGGGUCCACAUUCUUAUCCAGGGUUCGCAUUCUCAUCCAGGGUCUACAUUCUCAUCCAGGGUCCACAUUUCACAUUCUCAUCCAGGGUCCACAUUCCACAUUCUCAUCCAGGUUCCACAUUCUCAUCCAGGGUCCACAUUCUCAUUCGCGGUCCACAUUCUCAUCCAGGGUCCACAUUCCACAUUCUCAUUCAGGGUCCACAUUCCACGUUCUCAUCCAGGGUCCACAUUGCACAUUCUCAUCCCGGGUCCACAUUCCACAUUCACAUCUAGGGCCCACAUUCUCAUCCAGGGUCUAAAUUCCACAUUCUCAUUCAGGGUCCACAUUCCAGGUUCUCAUCCAGGGUGCAUAUUCCACAUUCUCAUCCAGGGUCCACAUUCUCAUCCAAGGUCCACAUUCCACAUUCUCAUCCACAGUCCACAUUCCACAUUCUCAUCCAGGGUCCACAUUCCACAUUCUCAUCCAGGGUCCACAUUCCACAUUCUCAUUCAGGGUCCACAUUCCACAUUCUCAUCCAGGGUCCACAUUUUCAUCCAGGGUCCACAUUUCACAUUCUCAUCCAGGGUCCGCAUUCCACAUUCUGAUCCAGGGUCCACAUCGUCAUCCAGGGUCCACAUUCUCAUCCAGGGUCCACAUUCUCAUUCGCGGUCCACAUUCUCAUCCAGGGUCCACAUUCUCAUCCAGGGUCCGCAUUCCACAUUCUCAUUCAGGGUCCACAUGCCACAUUCUCAUCCAGGGUCCACAUUGCACAUUCUCAUCCAGGGUCCACAUUCUCAUUCGCGGUCCACAUUCUCAUCCAGGGUCCACAUUCUCAUCCAGGGUCUGCAUUCCACAUUCUCAUUCAGGGUCCACAUUCCACGUUCUCAUCCAGGGUCCACAUUUCCAUCCAGGGUCCACAUUCCACAUUCUCAUUCAGGGUCCACAUUCCACAUUCUCAAUUAGGUCCACAUUCUCAUCCAGGGUCCACAUUCCACAUUCUCAUAUAGUGUCCACAUUCCACAUUCUCAUCCAGGGACCACAUUCCACAUUCUCAUCCAGGGUCCACAUUCUCAUUCAGGGUCCACAUUCCACAUUCUCAUCCAGGGUCCAUGUUCCCAUCCAGGGUCCAUGUUCUCAUCCAGGUUCCACAUUCUCAUCCCGGGUGCACAUUCUAAUCCAGG